AUGCACGAACGCAACCGGAACGAACAAACUGCCCUUGCCAGUUGUAGGGAAAUCACAGAGGCCACAUGCUUUUUCUACAGUCAAAACCACCAGUUACCAGUUCAUUACACAGAAAAAAGAAAUUCUCGGGUUACAAGACCAAUAUUUUUAGAGUGGCUGAAGAAACAUUUUAUUCCCGAAGUAAAGAUUAUUUUGUCAAAAAAGAACUUACCGCUAAAAGGACUUUUAUUGCUUGAUAAUGCACCAGCUCAUCAACUUGAAGAAGAUCUGCAGUUGAUUGACGAAAAUUCCACUGUUAUGUAUAUACCACCCACUUCCCCAGCCCUUAUUCAACCCAUGGACCAAAAUGUAAUUCAGAACAUUAAAAUAAAUUACAAGAAAAAACUCCUAUUGCAAGUUUUUGGCCAGCAAGAUGCAGAUCCAGAAUGUUCAGUAUCUGAAGUUCUUAAAAAUCUACAGUGA